CCCUGCUCCCUUUCCAAGAUGCUGUUUUGGCACAACCAGCCAGAGCACCUGUGGCCCAGCCCUGGGGAAUUGUACUCUGGGCCUCCAAGCAGCUUGCUCAGGGAGUCUCUGCCCUUGCCCUGCCUGAAGCAGGAGGAGCUGCCCAACAUGCCCAGCAUGGAGCCGCCCUGCCCCACGUUCCAGUAUGUGCUCUGUGCAGCUACCUCGCCAGCCAUGAAGCAGCAGGAGGAGGCCCUCACCUACCUGAACCAGGGCCAGUCCUAUGAGGUGCAGAUGCUCUGCACCUCCAAGCUGGGUGACGCCAACCCGGGGCCCCGGCUGCUGAAGAGCGUGGCGCGGGUGGUGUUCCAUGACCGGCGCCUGCAGUACACGGAGCAGCAGCAGCUGGAUGGGUGGCGAUGGAGCCGACCUGGGGACCGCAUCCUGGACAUCGAUGUACCGCUGUCUGUGGGGCUGAUAGAACCUCAGGUGCUGCCCUCGCAGCUCAACACAGUGGAGUUUCAUUGGGACCCAACCAAGAGGACUUCUCUCUUCCUGCAGGUUCACUGCAUCAGCACUGAGUUCACUCCUCGGAAAAAAGGUGGAGAAAAAGGCGUCCCCUUCCGCCUCCAGAUUGACACUUUCAAGCCAAGUGACAAGGAGCUUCCACCUGAACACCUGCAUUCAGCUGGCUGCCUCAUCAAGGUGUUCAAGCCCAAAGGAGCUGACCGGAAACUGAAAACUGACCGAGAGAAGAUUGAGAAACAGCCCCUGCACGAGAGAGACAAGUAUCAGGCUGCUUGUGAGAGCACGGUCUUUGUGGAGUGUUCUCCGUGGCCAGAGCCCAGUGCAGGACCCUACCAACCUCUCAGUCCUCUGGCUCAGAUCUCCCCCAACUCCUGCAAGCUCCUGUCUCCGGAGAGGUUCUGCUGCUCACCCCCAUUUAUCUCGGACACCUUGGGGGGCAGCCCAGCUGAGGAUCUGAACCCUGGAGCUUCCAUCUUAGAGACGCAGCAGUGGUUGCAUUGGCACCGGUUCUCCAGCUACUGCCGGAUACUAGCCAAUUUCACUGGCACCGAUCUGCUGAAGCUGACCCGGCAGGACCUUAUCCAGAUCUGCGGGGCUGCCGACGGGAUCCGCCUUUUCAAUACUCUUAGAGCCAGGCCCAUCCGUCACCGGCUGACUUUGUAUGUGGCUCAGGAGGCCUCUAGGCAAGAGAAUGAGGUUCCUAAGAACCAUGAUUCAGGAAUUUAUCAAGAGAUUUCUCUGGAUGAGCUCAGUGUCAUAGAGCUGAUGGGGAAACUGGCAGAGCUCUUGGCUCUCCCAGCGAAUCAGAUCCACCGCCUCUUCCACCAGGGCCCUGGAGGCAUCCUCAUUCUCCUCAGCGACCAGGUGGUUCAGAAUCUUAAGGAUGAAUCACACUUUGUGGCUGUGGUGAAGAAAGUGCAGAAUCCAGAUGGCUACUACCUGGUUCUGACCUAG